ACCACAUUUCUGAGGGAACCCUGUUCUCAACGUCACAUCACCUACCAAUAAGGCUGGAGGAAGUCAGCACCUCGGAACGCGGGUCAGUCUCUGGAAUAUCGUAGAAUGCAAUCUCUGUAAAUUCAGAAGAGGUCAACCAGGGUUUUGAAGACUGCAGUUGUAGUAUUUUCACAUGGACAGAACUUUACACUGUCCUCGGCGACGCGCUUCUCGACGCGAAAACGGUGGUUAUUGAGUGCAGCGAGCCGAAGCGCCUUGCUAGGCUAUUCAUGUUGCCGGAGGCGGAUUUGGAGAUAUACUCGUUUAUCUAGACUCCCAAGGAGCUUCGUACUCCACUUUUCAGUGAGCCCCGUCCUUCCUCAAGCGACACAUGUGUCUCAUGGCAUGCAGACAGAGCUCUACUGUCUGUGCAGGAUAUUCCAUAGCGGUUCUCAAAGGGCUGGCUGAGCCUAGCUCUGAAGAAUUGGACGCUAUCCUCAGCACCUGCGCUGAUCCGGCAUACAGAAGACAUGGUCAUGUUGAGUCUGAGAUUCAGUCACAACCGGACUGUCAGGAAUUGGUCGUUCAUAAGCACCUGCUUACAAAGACUGUACACGAUCAACGACGACAUCGGCCUACAUGCGCGAAAGUUAGAAUCGCCAGAAGAUUUGGAGUCGUAGCUGGAGAUGGCCCCAGAUGUCGUACGGUUCUUACUAGAGAUGGGAGCAACCCCCAACUCGGUACUUUUUGGAAAGUCUCUGUUAGGGGGCUUAUGGAGUCCACUCUGUUCAAGGAAUGCAUCUCAGCUUCUGUCACGGUUAGGGUGUUCCUGCCUGCCGUACCUCACCUGCCAUGAGGGUGACUGCCCCGUCACACUAGCGUUGUUUACAGCUACUCACCUAUACAUACUGUUCGUAGCUUCACCCAAUACAACCUCAGUUCAAU